UGUCGAGGCAUAGAUUCCAAAAAUUAAUGAAUACUUUCAUGUUGCUGAAAGGACAACGAUGCGACCUAAAAGUUUGCCAGACUUUGAUAAACUCUUUUUAGUGAGACCUAGCCUUGAUGCUGUUCACAAAAACUGUUUGAAAGCAUAUAACCCACAUAAAUUUUUUGCUGUUGAUAAGGCCAUGAUAAAGUUGAGAGAGCGUUCCAGCUUUGAACAGUAUUUGCCUGCCAAACCGACAAAAUACGGCAUCAGAUUAGGAAUGAGAGGAGACCAAGUGAAUAGGUACUGCAAUGAUAUUCGUGUUUAUCCAGGAAAACCCACAGGCAAAGAGCCAGAAAAAAAUCUUGGUCAGAAGGUGGUGAAGCAGCUUACAGAAAACAUUGAAAACAAGGGACACCACAGUUGGACAAGGGACACCACACCACACUGACAACUAUUUUACCACUGUUGCAGGGUCUGAGGAACAGUUUGAUAACGGUGUUUAUUUGUUUGACACAAAAAACAAAUACAAAAGAGCUUCCAGAAGAAAUGAAGGGGAAAAAAUUUGCAAGGAAGCUGGAUCUUACAUCCAGUUUCAAAAAGGGGCAUCACAGGUUCAGGAAACAGAACUGCUCAAAGAACCAUCACCUAAAUCAGGCUGAGUGGCAAUCAGUUUUACAUGAAUUUGUGUUUGCUCUCAAUACCAUUGUCAGUAAGGCUACUAAAUGCGUACCUUCCUAUUUUUCGCCACACCGCCGUACUCCCUCAAGAUAUUGUUUUUCAGGGAGUUACUAUUGACAAACACAAACAUUUAACAGUGAGAGAUUAUGGUGAAGAGGCUAGUUUUGUUUUAGCUGAUGUUUCCAAACAGAUCGUGAAGUCAUUGGAAUUAAAGAAACAAAAAAUGCACCAAUACCAAAAGGACAGCAGGUAUGAUUAAAGACAAAGUGGGUGAACAUAAAAAAUUACCUCCUUGUUGUACUGGUCCGUGGACAAUCAUUAGCUCCCAAAUCCAAAAGAAGCUCCCAAAUGGUGUUGAUUUUCAAAUCAAAAGCAUCACAAUGAAGCAAAAUUAGUUCAUCACGAUAGACUCUCCCCAGUAAUUUCCAACAAGUUACUGUCAGCAGACAUUGUUCCAGUGUCACGCCAUUCUGAGAGAGAUGAAGACACUCUACCCUGCUCUUAUGAUUAUUCUUCAGAUAACAGCAUGUUCUCAGAUUCGGAUUCCCCUUAUUCAGCUUCUGAAGACGAUGAUGUUGAUGUUAAUAGAAGCCAAGAUAACAAUCUAUGUUAUCCUAAACGAAUUUGGAAAACAAGACUGUUCCAAGGAUGCCUUCCUUGGACUGUAUUGACUCUAUAAUCAAAUAUAGCCUGUGUGGUUUUUAAAUUUUCAUUAUGUUCAUUGUUUUGUUAGAGAGGGGGAAUGUUGGAGUCUGGUGUUACUCCCUGACGCCUAUAUAUAUAUUUUUUAGGGCUAAAGCAGAAAUCACUAUCUCGUCCAGUUUUCUCACUUUAUUCUCAAUUAGUGACUUAAGGCGCCGAAAUCACAAGCAAUAAGUUUUUCCUGGUUCAUCGUUUAUAAAAUCACUUAUCAGAGACAGGGGUUGGAAAAUUAGCGACUUGCCAAAGCCAAUGACAUAUAUUGAAUUUCCCAUUAAGAAUGCUGGUUCAGCAUUACACAAAUUUUUGAUUUGAUUCUCGACCUUUUUGUGAGAUUCUUUCUUUGUUUAUGUGUGAAGAGCCCCAACCUAUCCGAAAAAUACAAAACCAAUAUUUACACCUACCAUAGAUCAAUUACAACAUACCAAAAAAAAUUAUCCCACAUUAAUGCCAUCAAGUAACAAAAACUUAAAACUUAAACCAAAAACAUAGUGUUCAAUAUUGAAAGGAAUUAUCGAAUUUUUAGGCUCUAUCUAUUUGAAAGUAAAUUUUCAGUCUUUAUAUAUUUCAAAGCGGGUUUUCAGUUUCUAUCUCUUCCAAAAUUUAGCAAGAUCAGAAAUAUUGUAAUCUUUAUUGUAAUAUUGUAAUCCCCAGCUAUAUUGUAAUCUUUAGGCCAAUUGAAUUCUCUGAGAUUAUACACACUGCAUGUGAUUCUUCUGGUCAAUUGAAUGUGAUUCUUCUGGUUGUGUGUUUCUGCAUUUGCUGAGAAUUGAGUUUAUCGCUGGCCAUACUUUGUACAGCUUGUCAUAGAUGUUUCCUUUUUUGGCUGUUAUCAUUGAAAUGCAGGAAUCUUCUCAAAUUCUCAAAUUUGUAGGUAGUUUAUUACUCCCAUCAUGAUCAGAAUUACAAAAAACUGCUCAGUUUCUUUUUCAUCUGUGUGGAUUGAUCUUCCCAUACAUUGAACAGAAUAUAGAUUUGUUUGUUCAGCUACAUGGCUUAUCAACUUUCUUUCAAACAAUGAGUAGAAAUACUUUACAGAAGAUGGAAUCUCAUCUGGUGGAGGUGGGAAGGCAGAACCGCUAUAUGGUGAAUCUACAGUAACUGGUUUCAUAUGCCUCCAUCUGACACUAUUUUUGCCAUUGUCUUUUGCCUUUACUGUUUUUCUUGCAGCCAGUACAUUUUUAGCCUGCGCCGCAGACCCAAUCCUCCAAAGAGAAUAGGGUCUGCGAACAAUUGACCCAAAGCUUGUUCUGUUUGGCCUUAAAAUAUGCAAAGGCUUGGGAACUAACAUGAUAAUUUAUGCGCUCAGCGCUGCUCACCGCAUUGUUGACCUAAACUUAAUGGCGGCCGCAAGGGAGAUCGACGUUUGUACUGUUUGUUUGAAUGAGCUUGGCAAACCUCAAGACCGAAAUCUUAUAGUUGGGAAGACAAGAAUAAUUGAUGAUUUGAACAAUCUGCCAUUAAAAGUUCAUCUUACUUCGGAUUACAUAUGUUGAAGUUGUUUAGCAUUGGUUAAGAAGCACAAAAAUCUGAAACAACAGCUGUGGGAUCUGGAAAAAGCAUUGGACGCCCUGGUUAAUGUGCGUACGACAGCUUUUGAGGAAACGUAUCUCGCAGAGAGAGGCGAGGGGUCAUUUGCAGUGAGAAGUAGCACGCCAAAAAAGCAACAAAUGUUCUUGUUCCAGAAAAUGCAGGUGAAGUAUCAGGGCCUAGUAGUAGUUGCAAUGCAACUGCACUGGGGGGCAGCACUAGAGUCACAAUCACAGUCCAAUGGCCUUCAAAAACAAAGCAAAAGUCACUUGAAGGGGGUCUAGCUUCUAUUGGAAAAAUGCUCUGCAGAGGAACAUUAUCGCAAAUUGCCAGAUCAAUAUGGAGGUGUAAACCUAUUAGAAAAGACCUGGUAAAGGAAAUAGCUGGGGAAAUCAACAAGGAGUGCAUCCAGAUGUGCCGAAAAUCAGAACCCAGUUGUCUUAGAAGAACAGGACCUGAAGAUAUUGCUUCAUUCUCCUUUGAAAUGCUCAGCAAAGAACUUGAUGAGCAUGCCCCAAUUACGAAGACAAUCAUGAUGGCAGCAUCAAUUUGUAAAGAAAAGAAAGGUGAUGAUGAGAAUUGGAUUAAUGCUGUUUGUGUGGCAGCAUCCAUAUUGCUUCGAAAUCGAUCCCAACAAAUGAAUGCAUUCCAGCUGAUAUUGUCAACUAUCCUAAAACACUGUGGUUUUUUGGGUAUAAUGGGCAGACUUCAGAUACUGAGACUUAUGCCAUCACAUACUCAGUUUUAUCGAAAACUUCAGGCUUAUGGAAAAGUCCAUGACAAAAUACUGAAAGACAUCAUUAGAAAUGAAUCAGAGAGAUUAGAAAGUACAACUAUGAGAGAAGGUUGCAGCUUACAAGAGAAAAAUAAGAGCACAGUAAGCCGUAUUGAAAAACACAAAUUGUCACAAAAAGAAGAAAACGAUAAUGAAAAUAAAAUUAAGGCAGUGAAAAGAAUAAGAGAGUCAUUGCAGACAAUUGAAGACGGGAACGAUAAUGGCUCAUUUGAGCCACCAAUUAGUGCAUUUGCCAAACACAAGGCAUUAAGAUUAAAAACUAUCCCAGUAAUUAGUGAACCAGAAGUCAUUGUUUCGGAAAAAGCAAGUGAAGUAGUGCUGAAAACUAAUGUUGUCAAAGAACCUUUAAAUAUUAGAUGUGACACAGGAAGAAAAAUUGUUCUGGAUAACAUUGAUUAUCACCAAGUUACCCAUGAUAUGACUGAAGAGCAUAAAGAUAAUGAUGUGCAUUAUUGCAGCCACAUGGCAACUGAAAAUAGAAUUUCAGGUUGUCAUCUUGAUGAUACAAAACCUAGAGGGGAUUUAAUGUCAUUGGAAAAUGGCAUAUUCAGCCCAAGCAAAUGUGAACACCAAAGUCAGAGAGAGAACUACAUUACAUUGGUAUCUCGGUAUAUCACAGAUGAAAUAAAAUGUUUGGAGUUCUUGCAAUGUGUUGUUACAAGAAAUAUACCACAUAGAUAUACAGAGAAGACCAAACAAAAACAAAUACGGUAUGUGAAUAUAAUAUUUGAUAAUGUCUUUUCUGCUGAUACCUUUAAAAGCAAAUACAAUGCAGUGUCAAAUAGAUACAGUUUCAACUAAAUAUUCAUGUACAUGCCAGAAGGCACAUAUGUAUUUUAAAAGUGAUAAAAUUAUAGAAAGUUAGGUUUUAUUUGUUCCUAGCCUCCCCCAAUACUUGUCCUUUACAAUUUUUGGGUAUAAUAAUAACAAAAUUGAAUGAAAUCUUCUUAAAGGAAAAUUUGUUAAUUAGAUAAAUAGAUUUGACAUGAGAGUAUCUUGAAAUAAAAGAUAUCAUUCUGUUUUCAAAGCCUAAAAUGUUUUCAAUGCUUUCAAUGCUUCUUUCAGCUGAAAAAUAAGCCAUAAUAGUUUGAACACUAUCAUUAACAAAGUGUUCGCUGCACGUUUUGUUAUUUAACAUUAUGGUGCUUUUGGUAUCACCAUUGAAUUUCUUAUUUAACACUCUUCCAAAGCAUUCAAUAUGUAGCCCUCUAUCUUCCAAAGCUCUUGAAAGUUGCUCUCAAGGAUAUUUUAUUUAAAGGUGCGAAAUAGAGCGCCUAGAGUUUCUAAGGGGCUCUUUUUAUGGAGCACCUUCAUUUUGCUUAGAGCAAGGCCUGCUUAGUAUGUAUGAUUGAGAAAGGGAGGGACCAAAAUUGACACAUUUAGAGGGUUGUAUGACCUUAAUUAUUGUUCAUUGAUUUUUAUUUUUUCAAGACCUACCUUAAUUUAUGCAAACGAGAACACUUGUGAUGGAAUGGGGAAAAUUCUUGAGACUGUACACCAAUAUGUGCCAUGUUAUGAAGUUCAAGGAGAGAAGCAUUUUAGCAGCCAGGCAAUUGUGGGUGAUCAAUUGACAGUAGAGAGAGGAGUAAAUGGUUUGAUGGAUGUCUCAAAUGGAUUCACAUCUGAGGAGCGUAGAGAAGGUCUUCAUUUUGAGAUUGCUGACUUUCAUGGUGGAAUAAAGUUCUUAGAGGUGAUUAUUGGUAAUUAGAGUUUUAUGUUGAAACCAUCAGAAUGGAUUAAAAUAGGGUGAGACAAAUACUUAUGGUAAAGGGGAGUUCUUAUUUUAGUAUAUCUAAUCUCCCCGAUAAGUUGAGCACCCUAGACAGCAAUAUGAUAAUUAAAAUUAUAUAUAUAUAUUCCUAUAUUCCUAUAUAUAUAUAUAUUCCUUAAGACCUUUCUUUUGAUAUAUUUAGUUAUUGAAAUCUGCAUUCUGUAUUUUCAAUCUUACAAAAUGACCUUGAAAUUCAGCCAGGCUCAAAAUCAUGCUACAUAAACCUUAAAAGUCUCUUUCAGGUUUGGAAAGAGCUUCUCAUAUGAUGUAUAAUUUAGUUCCUGAAAUAUCUAUUUAUUAAAAUUUGUGUUGAAUUUUUCUGCAGCUCAUAUA